GCUCAUCUCUGGUGCUCAUGGCUGUGACUUUCCUCCAGAGCUUCCUGCAGAGGGCCUUGUUGCUGUUUAAGAAGAAUCCAGGUGGGAGAAGAUGGGGACCCACAGUCUGAAGUCCUUUUCCCAGGAUGCAGUGACCUUCUCUGAAGUGGCCGUGAGCUUUUCCCCGGAGGAAUGGCCAUGCCUGGACAACUCUCAGAGAAAGCUCUACAGAGAUGUGAUGCUGGAGACGUACAAGCAUCUGCAGGCCAUAGGGCAUUGCAGGGUGAAGCCUGCGCUGAUCUCCUGGUUGGAAGGAGGAGCCCUGAGAGGUGUGUUUGCAGAAUGCAUACCACCAGUUCGAGAUUUGGCCUUUCCUCAACUUACUUUUGGAACGAGAUCUUCAAAUAGGAGUGAGCUGGGAAGCAACCAGCUCAGGUGGGACAAGGGAGAUACUGUGCUGUGGGACAGAGGCUUGAGGAAACCAUUUUGCCCACAUCCUGAUGGGAUUGAGGGAUCGGAGGGCGUCUAUUCUGGAAGACACCAGAGUGAAGAGAACAUCCUUGCUGCGGAACCCCAGACCAAUGGGCACAGUGCUUCUGAGUCUGCUCCACCCAGUCCCUGGACAAGGACCACAGCAGAGGGGCCACCUAAGGCCAAGCAAUCAGCAGUAUUUAUUCUGAGGCCCUCAAGGCAACAAACUCAUGAGCACAUUCCCCGUGGAGUGGAGCCAUCCAAGUGUAAGCAAUGUAGGGGGCCCUUCCCGUGUGCUCGGCACCGUGAUGUGCCCUCAGGUACCCCCAUUGCUCAGGAUCCCUCUGAAGGUCAGCAAGAUGGACAUGCUGUGGGUCAGCUGGCACGCCCGAGUGACCCGAAGAAAGUGCAGACAGAAAAGAAACGUCACGUAUGUAGGGAGUGUGGUAAGGCCUUCACGCAGGCCUCAAAGUUGGCCGCUCACAUCAAUGUUCAUACAGGAGAGAAGCCUUACUCAUGUCAAGAGUGUGGGACAGCCUUCGCUCAUUCCUCAAACCUGAGAAAGCACAUCAUCAUUCAUACAGGAAUGAAGCCUUAUACAUGUCAAGAUUGUGGGAAGGCUUUUGCUCAAUCUUCAGGCCUUUCGAUGCACAAGAAAGUUCAUACUGGAGAGAGGCCUUAUAAAUGUCAGGAGUGUGGGAAGGCCUUCAGUCAAUCCUCAAGCCUUCUGGUGCACAAAAAAAUUCAUAUUGGGGAGAAGCUGUAUAAAUGUCAGGAAUGUGGGAAGGCUUUCCUUCGAUCCUCACACCUUAUGGAGCACACGAGUAUUCACACAGGAGAGAAGCCUUAUUCAUGUAAGGAGUGUGGGAAGGCCUUCGCGCGCUAUUCAUACCUAACUGGACACAUGCGAGUGCAUACUGGCAAGAAGCCUUAUACAUGUCAGGAGUGUGGGAAGGCCUUCGCUCAAUCCUCACACCUUAGUCGGCACAUGACUAUUCAUACAGGGGAGAAACCUUACUCAUGUCAGGAGUGUGGCAAGGCCUUUGCUAAUUACGCAAACCUUUUUGUGCACAAGAAAAACCACAUAGGCGAGAAGCCUUAUUCAUGUCAGGAGUGUGGGAAGACCUUCGCUCAAUCCUCGCAUCUUACUUCGCACAUGAAUAUUCACACGGGAGAGAAGCCGUAUUCGUGUCAGGAAUGUGGGAAGGCCUUCUCUCGAUCCUCCCAUCUUUUUGGGCACAUGAAUAUUCAUACCGGAGAGAAGCCUUAUUCGUGUGAGCAGUGUGGAAAGGCCUUCACUCAAUACUCAACCCUUAUUGUACAUAUGAAUAUUCAUACUGGAGAGAAGCCUUAUUCAUGUCAGGAGUGUGGGAAGACUUUCCCUUUCCCUUCAAGCCUUUAUAAACAUAAGAGAAUUCAUUCUGGAGAGACAGGUCACGUGUGUAAGGAGUGUGAGAAGGCCUUCACUCCUGUUCAAACUUGUUCAUGGAUAUGAAAAUUAUAUCUGGAGCCUCUGAGAAACCAUACAGUAUGGUUGUCCUUGUUCUUGCACACCACUGGUCCUGGUUCUAUCCCUCA